AUGUCUCAACUCCAGGAAUCCCUCGUAAGCAGCAACUCUCAGCUGCAAGAUAGCUCCUUGUUAUCUUCCGAAGUCAAGCCCACUUCCAAGUCCAGCUGGAAAAGAUACCGCAACAGAAGGGGUGCGAAAGCAGCAGCUCAGGCAAGAGCACCAUCGUCUCAGAGUGUAAUUGUGCCUGAAUGGCAUGGAGUUGAGCUGGAGCCCAAGGCUAAGGUGGAGCUGGCCGAGGAGCAGUCCGAGUCUUGUCUGGCGGAAUGGCCAUGGGUCGGGUGUCCUGAGCAUUUGGUGACUCUCGCACCCUAUCUGAAUAAUUACUACCACAAGUGGAGACCUCAUGCCCCGUUCCAGCUACCUCGGGCUCCCCAGACAUCCCUUCUCUUCACAAAGCUCUUGAGCAUCGAAGUUGUGCGUCGCACGCUCUUUGGGGUUAUCUUUCGACACCAUAGUACCGCUUGGAAGUUUGGCGCUUCAUGCCGGCAGGCAAACUAUAUGCUCGGAAACUUCGUUCACCACUGGGACAUGGUUGGUACUGGAUGCUAUGGUUACUUCGGAAAUUGCGAGGCUCCCAGAUUUGGUCCAAAGGCACCAGUUGAUCCAGAGCUUCAGGGCUCUGUAGGCCCUGUUAUUAUCGUCAGCCCGAUCAGACGUCCCCAAGGUCCAGCCUCCUUUUGCCAGCAAGUUGAAAAUCUGCGCACAAUGUGCGUCGCCAUGAACAAUUGGUCCCAUCAUUUCAAGAACAUCCAACUCCACCGCGUUGCAUUUCUCUCAACCCAUCACUUGACCCUCGUGAUCCCGCGCCUGGUGAAUCUCGAAGUGCUAGGAAUCUAUCAAUGUCCGAUGCUCAGCAUAGCUGAAGCCCUGAGGCUACUCGAGAUCAUUCAGAUCGACCGACCGCCUGGAAGAGAGAACCAGGUCUCUCUUGACUUCUACCCAAUGUACCACCAGGGCCCAGUUCUCCCAGCCGAUAACGUUUUGCACCAGGGAGAAUUCGGCGUCACUUGGGACAACUGGGACCAUGACACCAUCAAGGCCGUCUGGGCAUUGUGUACUCGUAUCCUCCCCCAAGCCCGCAAGCAGAAUGUUGACUUCGAGAGCUCGCACACUGCUUUUCGACAAUACAUGGACCGAGGUCCAUGCUGGAAAGUCGAACAAAUCUACGGUGCCCUCUUUGACACCAGCAUGAGCACUGAGCAAUUUGCUGCCUUGAUCGAUUGUCAUAACAUGGACCACGGGGGAGAUGUGACGCGUUUCACCGACAACGUGCUUGUUGGAGACCGACCCGAGGGCUACGAGCCAUACGUGCGAGACUACCACUGUGACGAGUGCAAGCGCGACGUGCUCGGAAUCUUCUUCCGCAGCAGUGAUCUCACUCCCCAUCGCACUCUCCCAGACGAACCCGCCCGCCCCGAAUUGAUCUGCCUGGGCUGCAAGCUCACAGGCUGGCUGCGUCACGAACGCGACCACUACAAGGUCGAAAAGCGCGCCAUCGUCCAGCUGUGGCUGCGCACCGUCACGACCCACCUGGGAACCGAGCCCGCGACCAACGCGGCCAUCACCCGCCUCGACUGGAACGAGUCCGACCUCGACAAGGCGAUGCGCGACUUCGAUACCUUGCGCGUCGACACCAGGGCGCGCGUCCUCGACGAGAAGUACUCCCACGACAUGAACCGGACGAACCCGAGCCGGAACCGGGACCACGAGUUCAACGAGACGCAGCGCCCCAUCGAGUUCGAGGAUAUCCUGGAUUAUCCGUGCUGGCGUCGCUCGCCGCUCGUCUCCAUGAAGGACAUGACGCCGAGUCGGCUGGCUGAGUUUCAUGCUAAGCGCGACCGGGCAUACGGGAAGUGA